UCAUAGGCGUAAACGUGUAAUCUUUAAAAGUAUUAGAAGCGUAAUAUUGAUAAACUUUCGUUUUGUAUUUUUUGCUUUUUUUAUUUCCAGUUUAGUUUUAUUUUAAUAUUGUGACUGACAAGCGAAAAGUGAUACUAGAACUAAAAUAAUAAGUUAAUUACGAUAUAUGUAUACAAUAAAAAUAAAGUAAACACUAUGUUGCAUAAUGAGGAGAUCAAGAAACGUAUCAUGUGUGUUGGAAUGUGUGUUUUAGAUAUUGUUCAUGUUUGCGAAAAAUUUCCCGUGGAAGAUACUGAUAAAAGAUGCUUGCGAGGUCAUUGGCAAAGAGGUGGCAAUGCAUCAAACAAUUGUUCAGUUUUACGUCAGUUAGGUGCUGAAUGUGAAUUUUUAGGAAUGUUAAGUAAUUCUAAAGGAUUUCAAUUUUUAAAAGAAGAUUGUCAUCAAAGGUUGAUACACAUUGAAAAUUGUCCCAAUAUUGAUAUAGAUCCUCCAUUUUCAUCCGUAAUAUUAAAUGAAGAAAAUAGUUCACGUACAAUAAUACAUUCAAAUCCAAAUUAUCCAAUAUUAAAAUACGAACAUUUCGAAAAUAUUGAUUUGAGUUUAUAUAAAUGGAUUCACUUUGAGGGUCGUAAUCCUGAGGAAACCACACGUAUGAUAAAAAAAAUUGUAGAAUACAAUAAAAUUGCCAAACCAGAAGACCAUAUUAAAAUUUCAGUAGAGCUUGAAAAAUUAAAACCCGAAUUAUUAGUAUUAACAGAUCAAGCUGAUGUUGUAUUUAUGGCCAAAGAUUUAGCAAUAUUUUUCAACUUUUUUACACCAAAAGAAGCUGUUUUUGGAUUAAGGAAUAUGAUUUCAAACAAAAAUAACAUUAUAAUUUGUACUUGGAGCUCUGAAGGCUCAGCAGUAUUAGAUUCAACAAAUAAUUACGAAAUCAUACCAGCUUUUCCACCAGAUAAUAUUAUUGACACAUUAGGUGCUGGUGAUAGUUUUUGUGCUGCUGCAAUUUAUGCUUUAAGUAAUGGUGAAAAUUGUUUUAAAUCUGUAGAAUUUGGUAAUCGUAUUGCCGGGUUCAAACUAUCUUUUUAUGGAUAUGAUAAAAUAUCUGAAUUUAAUAAAAGCUAAUUUAUAAAAAA